AUCAGGAAUUAUCGUCUGCUAUGCUCUUCCCUCACGUGCGUCCGCGACGGGCAGCAAAUUUUGAGGUUAUGUUUUGCACGUGCAGCGACAUAUGAAUUACCUAUAUUUAGAGUUAGUUAUUUGUCAUCGCGGACGAAUCGAAUUAUAGAGAAGUUGACUCGUGCUUAGAUUCGGGCAUUGUGAGACAUCUUUUUUUCGUGAAAACAAUAUGCAGGGGACCGGUGACGAGGUCGGUGAAAAGAGGAAAGUUUGGUCGGAGGAGGAGCGUCUGGAGCUCGCCGCGAAAUUGGACGCCGAGUUGCACGAGUAUGUAAAUAACUUGGAGAAGAAGAGUUACGCGGAGGGAUGGCCGGAGGACAGGUGGCAGGAGGAGAUGGAAAAGCACCCUUUCUUCAUGAAGAAGCCGCCGCAACCCGGCGACGAGCUGUCCCCGCUGAUGGAGGGACUGCAGCAGCUCAAGUACGGAGAGGAUGAGAAUACUCCCGAAGAAUUGGCAAACAAUUACAAGGAGGAUGGAAACUUCAAUUAUAAGUACAAAAAGUAUCGCCUUGCCAUUCUUAGUUACACGGAAGGAAUAAGAACCAAGUGCAAAGAUAACGACUUGAUGGCUCAGCUUUAUAAUAACAGAGCCGCCGCACAUUUCAUAUUGCAAAAUUACAGAUCAUGCUUGAAUGACUGUAAAUCGGCCUUAAAGUUCAAGCCGCAAUAUCCGAAGGCUUUGAGUCGAGCUGCCACUUGUAGUUUUCACAUUAGAGAUUAUGAUCAAUGCAUCGAUUUGUGUGACCAGUUCCUUGGUCAUAGUCCAACCGAUAAAACGAUAUUGAAGUUAAGAUCUGAUGCUGUAAUUGCAAAAGAGCGUUUGCGAAGAGACAAGAGGAAGCAGGAAAGAACAGAGAAAAAAUUAGAUAAGGAGGAUGAGAAAUUGUUAGAGACAAUUUCUCAGAAAGGUAUUACUUUAGAAUUGACGAAUGAUAGACAAAAGCUAGAAUUAAGAGAUCUAGAGCCACAAGUACCGCAAAUAGCGCAGAGUAGAGUGCACUUCGACGAGAAGGAUAAGCUUGUGUGGCCAGUGAUGAUUUUAUAUCCAGAGACUCAGCAAACUGACUUUAUACAAAAUUUUCACGAAGAUACAUCAUUAAUCGAACAGCUAAUCGAACUAUUCGAGGAACCUCCCGAGUGGGAUGUAAAACAUCGUUAUACCAUAGAAAAUAUAAACGUAUAUUUUGAAGGAAAGAACAAAUGUUCCGCUCAUAAAGUAGACAUCCAACUAACGUUGGGCGAAAUAUUACGAGACAAACAGUUCGUAGUUCGUGGUGGUACACCGGCUUUCUUGAUACUCGUAAAAUCUAGUGAAUAUGAGAAACAUUUCUUAGCAAAUUACUAAGUUUCUGUAUUAUUAUAUGUAUAUUGUACAUAUCAUAUUAUAUACAUUGUUAAUUGAAAAUUAAUUGAACUUUACAU